UGUAACUAGUAUUCGCAAAAUUACUUAAAAAUUUAAUUUUGUAAUACGAACUAUAUUCUAUAAAUUACUUUUUGAAGUAUUUAGACAAUACUCUAAGGUUGUGUGGACUCGAAAAAGGUAAUUUCCGAUGAGAUUCAUUAAAUUUUAGAUCCAAUAUGUAAGUUUCAUUCCUAAAAAUGAUAUUGUUCAUUUUUUAAAUUUAAAAUAUAUCUUUUAAAGAAAAAGUAUUACUUUUUAUGCAAAAUAAGUUGAGAAGUCAAUUGCCUUUGUUAUACUUAGAAUAUAAGUACAUGAUUAUGUUCAAAAUUAGAAUAUUUACUUUAAAUUAUAAUAAUUGUAAAAUAUUCAAUUUUGAAUAUAAGUGCCUUCACUCUAAUUUCUCCAACGAGAAAAAGUUACCAAUCCUAUUAUUUACACCAAGUUGUUGACUUUUUAUCAGGAUAUAGCUUUGUUACUAUUGAUAAAAGUAUGUGUAAAUAAAGAUGUUAACAGUACUUGUAAGAUGAUUUCUUGAAAGAUAUCUAUUUUCUAAAAAAGUGUUGAAAAUCGCUUUCAUUCAUUUUUUAAGUUAAAAAAAAAAUAUUUUAGACAGAUUUUCUUGAAUUGUAAAUCACUAAGCUCAGUAGAAAAGACUGACCAACUGCUCUUGCGAUGUUUAAAACACUUUUUGACAAACUAAACGUUUUCUGCGGUCAACAAAAGAUCUGUCUACUUUAAAAAAUUUAAUUUCUACUCUUUUAUAAUGAAAGUUGAUAAUAAAAAAUUGUUUAUCAAUCGAAAGUAUUUGCUGUUUUUAUUUUAUCCCUCGUUUAAGAAAAUAACGUUGAAGUCGAAAAGCGGAAAAUAGUAUGGCAGUAUUUUGUAUUUAAGUAUACACCUCGUCAUCUUGGAUUAUAUUGAACAAAGAGAUAGAAAAAAAUUAAUGAGAAGGUAAAAAGAGGUGAGAGAGAUAGAAUUUAUAAAAACAUCUUCUUGAGAGGUAGAGAGGAGACAUCCACCUCUCCCCAUAAUUGCCAGAAGGAAUCGGGCAAGUGAAACGAUAUUGAAUUUGGCUGCGGGAAAGCGUAGAGGCGCUCGCGAGAGUAUAUAUAAAACCAGACUGUCAAGCUCCUUAAACUCUUAGUCGAAUUACAGUCAAUCUGCAGUGAACGAACCAACGAUGCUGAGUAAAUACGCUUGUGGCAAUAAUGCGUUUUUGCGUUUAAUUGCUUUAGCGACGCUUUGUCUUAAUUUGACGCAAGCCGGGACGAGGUACAUCGCCAUACCCAUCGACAACGUGGACAUCAUCGAAUUGGAUCCUGUACCGAGCUAUCCAUCGCGAUUUCCAAGACAAGCUGAUACUUCGUAUGCCACCUCUUCGUCGUUGCAACAGCAACAACAGUACCCUCACAACCAUCAGUAUCAUCAUCACCAUCAUCGCGAACCUGUCGGAAUAAUCGAACAACCGCAACCGCAACAACAAGUUGCAGCAGCCUCGAAUCCGCUUGUGACCAAACACAUUCUUGAUUAUGUAGAUUUUGGCGCACAUACCGGACCGAAUGGAGCUUUUAGUUGGUAUGCAGAUUAUCCGACUUAUCAUUAAAUAUUAUAAAGUGUAAUGUUUAUAAAAAAGAUUUGUUCUUUGUUAUCAAGAGACUUGAGUUCUCGUUAUUGUUUGAAAAUAAAAAUGCAAUGAAAAGAUGGUAGAUUUAUCAAUUGUUAAUCGUUAAGUAUGCUAAGACUGGUUAAAGACUA